AAAAAAAAAAGAAGCUGCUCCUUCCCCAGCUCUUGUCCUCUUGUAUGGAGAGCAGAGCUCUGAGGUGGACGGACAGGAGUCACAGACCAGGUCGGAUUCCGCAUCAGAAGUGGGGUCACAAUAAAUUGUCGAUCUCAAGCUGGAGCCCGAUCUCACUGAGACCUGGAAUCCAUCUGGUAGUGGACUUUUGAGUGGAUGUUUGAAAUUGUUUAUUUAUUUAGGCAGCUAUUUUAAUAACUUGUGAGGGAAGUUUCCUCUGCACUUUGUUACCGGACAAAGGAUAACAACAUCUGCUGUGUGUAUUGACGAAUAUUAGUACAAAACAGGCCUGUGUUGCAUGUUUAACUCGUGCAUUUUGAAUUUGAACAGGCUGAUUUCAGCAGUGUGAGUUGCUCUUGGUUCGUUUGUUAUUAUAUUCGCAAGGUAGCAGUAUAUUUUCAUACAAAGCCUACAACAGCAGCGGCUUGUCUGUAACAGACUGACUGGUGGUGCUUAGCCAGCAGCACAUUUCUUCCCUUCGCUUGACCAAUCCGGUUAAAUUUAGUUUACUCAGGAAAAAUGAUGCGAAUCCCUAAAGGCGUCUCUCCGGCAUCGGGUCGGCCGGUCGCAGUGGGACUGCCUUGCUCUCAGCAGAAGAUGAAGGUUUUGUCCACCGGAGGAGUGAAGACCGAGUUCUUCAGCACCGGACUGUCCAGCCCGCCGAUGAGCACGGUACCGGCUGGUUAUUUCACCCAAAUCUGCAACACCGCCGCGGCCGAACAAAGAGCCAACAGCCUGUACUCAACCCCCCACGGACCAGAGGCUAAACCCAUCAGAUCAUCCUCCGGGCGGCUGCCGGCUAAAAGGAAGCUGGAUCUAGAGGACCCUCUUUACCUCCCAGAGUUCCGCACACCAAAAGGCAAAGGCAGCAUCACAGCCAGGAUACCAAGUCCAAGGACUCCAAAGUCUCCAGGUGAGCGGACGCGGUAUGACACCUCCUUGGGCCUGCUGACCAAGAAGUUUGUGGGUCUGAUUGCUGAGUCUCCUGAUGGGGUUCUGGACCUGAACUGGGCCACUGAGGUUCUGGAGGUCCAGAAGAGACGCAUCUAUGACAUCACCAAUGUCCUAGAGGGAGUCCAGCUGAUCAGAAAAAAGUCAAAGAAUAACAUCCAGUGGCUGGUUGGAGAUGUAUUUGAGGGUGGUGCAGGUGGAGGAGAGAAGGCUUGUGCCCUGAGGAAAGAGCUGGUUGACCUGGAGAGAGCAGAGAGAUCUCUGGAUGAACUGAUUCAGUCCAGCACCAAACAGCUCAAACAGCUCACUGAGUACAAAGACAGUCAGAGAUUGGGCUAUGUGACGUACCAGGACAUCCGCUCCAUCGGCAGUCUACGGGACCAGACAGUCAUCGCUGUCAAGGCCCCUGCUGAGACCAAGCUGGAGGUGCCAGACACAGCAGGGCAGGGAUCAUUACAGAUCUAUUUAAAGAGUAAGAACGGCCCCAUUGAAGUCUACCUCUGUCCAGAAGAGGGUCUUGAAGAUGCUAGCCCUGUUAAGAGUGUUGUCACCCCUAAAAAGGAGUUCCCUCAGCCCCUCGGCCCUCCAACUGCAACUCCAGUGGCACCACCAAGUUACAGCGUCAAGGAGGAGCCUUCUGAAUCCAAUGUGUCCACAGCAGCUCCAGCCACCUCCUCAGCUGCAGCCUCCAGUUCCUCUCUGCUGGACGUAGAGGGUCUGUUGGGUUUGCCCCCCAGCCUGCUCCAGAUCACAGAGGACCAGCUUCCUGGCACCUCAUUCACCACGGAUCCCAACACCCCGUUUGUCAGUUUCUCUCCACCCUUGACCAUCGAUGAUUACCUCUGGAGCCUGGAGGAUGGCGAAGGAGUGUCCGAUUUCUUUGACACGUAUGAUCUUGGGGAUCUGUUGUAGAGCUGAGGUAAAGAUGAAGGGGGGUGCAGGGUGGGGGGUGAUUUAUGGGGAAGAGGGGGAAAUAUUUAAUUGAAUGCCUUCUGGAAGUAGGAAAUAUUACACUAUGAAGCCAUCACUCUUUGUUUUUGCCAUGUCUGUUUUAAUGGCAGUGAUUCCAAAGGGGGAUUUACCCCCUUUGCUAAUUUUAAUAAAGUAAAAAUCACAAUUGUACAUAUUGUAAAAAAAAAUGCUCAGACUGGGAGAAUGGGUGAGGCUGAGAUUGACACUGAUGUCAUCUCCAACCAUAUAGAAACACUGUUCAAAAAAGCAGGGACUGUUUUUGGAUUUUCUGUCACAUUUUCAAAUUGCGCUACAGAGAAAACAUUUGUAAUCUCAUGCAAACACAGGAGUUAUUAUGCAUAUCACAUCACCAGCAAAAGAUCUGAAAACAUUUCAGUAUCAGGCGGUGUUUUCGGUGUGACAACUCAGGAACUUUUUUUCUUCCUUGUUUCCAAAGUCUUAAUGUUUGUGCCACUCUUUGGCCUGUAGGGGGCAGCCUUGUAUUAUGUCAGCUUUAACUGCCGUGCAGCUUUUUCAGGAUUCAAUCACUGGAUGAGAGUAAGCUAAAGCCAUCAAGAACCAUACACAGGGUGUGUUUGUAGGAGUCCUAGUAUCUUCGACACUGACCAAAUUAAGCUGUGAAUAACUUGUUUACUGCCAGUCUUCUUAGAUCCACUAGCACCUACAGCCUGAGUGUGAAAUCUGAGUGUAGAUAUUAGACAUACAACUGAUUUUGAAGGUGCUCAUGUUGCUUCUGUCUAAUCAAGUUUGCUCUCUCCUGCCUUAAGCUUUAUGUCAGGCCUUGUUCCUGUUUGGUGCUGCACUGUGUGCCAUAUUCUGGGCCCAGAGCCAGAGUUAACAAUCGAUGAUGGGUACUUAUUGAACACAUACUAUCUCUGACUGAACAAGAAGAUCACAUGCUCUGUCUUGUAGAUUUGGCAGCUUUGUUUCAAAUCCACUUACUCCCUUAUUGAUGUGAGUUUUAGCUGAUUUUAAUUGAAUUUUUUUAUUUAGUAGUGUGGAACUACUAUUGUAUUUCUGAGGAAAUUAUCCAAAAGAAUGAAAUCCAGCAUCUGUGUUGCAGGUGUGGUGGAAGGUCAGUUAAUUUAUGUAAUUAAGGUUUAAUUAGAGGAAUGAUUUGUUUUUCCUCUAUUUGUUCUGAAUGAAUUAGGUUUGUUGAUUAAACAGCAACAAAAACAAUUUGUCAAUUUUAACUUCAGAUUUUAGGCUCACGAAUGCUUUCCCAUAUGUUAUGGUGCAACCCUUUUAAAAUGUCAAAGACAUGCACCUGGGAUCAGAGCACCUGUGACUUUUAUCUGUUAAACGUUUUUUUGGAAGCGUUCUAGACAUUUGGAAAAUUUGAAUUUCAUGCUGAUGUAUUUUUGGCUUUCCCUCUACAUUGCAGAGAUAAGCUAACUGUCCUGUCCUAACAAAACUUGAAAAGGUGUGCUUGUGUGUGUAUUUGAUAGCUUGGGAAUUGGGUGACAUGGUGUGUGUAUGUGUGUGCGUUUUUACAAUGUAGAUUAUAUAUUGUGACUUAAGAAUUUUGUAGUGUUUUUUUCAGUAAGCAUUAUUUUUCUGGUAUUUGUACAUAAGUUGUUUUGUAUUUAUACCUAUUUUUCCUGAAUUUCUUUGAACGUUGAUACUGGCCUUUCUGCAGAGGUCAUGACUGUUUUGUAUGACAUGCAGCACUUAAUAUUUUUGUAAUAUUGUGUGGUCUGUUUGAAAAUAUAAAAUAAAUACUAAAGCCAUGGUUUGAUUUCA